AUGGUCAAGAUCCAAGGAGGAGAUGUGGUGGAGAUGCAAGGAGACGAGAUGACCAGGAUCAUCUGGGAUCUCAUCAAGGAGAAGCUGAUUAAUCCCUACGUUGACUUGAAGAUUCAUUACUUUGACUUGGGAAUUGAGAAUCGGGAUAAGACUGAUGAUCAGGGUAAGGAUAACUUCAUUUAUACUCUGGAGCUACGAUCUAUUCAUUUCCCAAUUCAUUGCAGUCACGAUCGAUGCUGCUGAGGCAACAAAGAAGUACAAUGUGGCCGUCAAGUGUGCCACCAUCACGCCUGAUGAGGCCAGAGUAGAAGAAUUCAAGUUGAAGAAGAUGUGGAAGAGUCCCAACGGAACCAUCAGGAACAUCCUGGGAGGUACAGUUUUCAGAGAGCCCAUCAUUGUGAAGAACGUCCCUCGUCUAGUCUCCGGAUGGAUCAAGCCGAUUAUCAUUGGUCGUCAUGCUCAUGCUGAUCAGGUAUGGAUGAUAUAAUAUAAAUGGAUGACACACGUCAAUCAAGCACAUUUCCUGACCCGGAAAAUAUUUUAAACGUCAAGGUUGUUUCUGACAAGAAAAGCACUUCUAUGGGGUCGGGAGGUCGGCACAUAUAUCAAAAAAUCCGCGAAAUUAUGCUGAUUUAGAAUAUGUAUUGUACUUCGGGAAAGAGCGGUGUGGCCCAGCGGUUUUGUUGUAGGAUGUAGUGUUGAUUACUUUGCAAAAUACCAAGGUAGUCACAACAAUUUCUGAAAGUUUUAGCUCGCGCUUUUCGGAUGCAGCCGAGAUGGAGCGGAAUGCGGAGUGCGGUAAGAGAUAAAAAAAUUUUGUUGGCCGUAUAUUUGAUAAUUCUUUCCGAAAAUUAUACUUACCGAUAACGCUGAUGUCCAACCGUCCUAGUACAACGGUUGAUUAUGCAAAAUUUCCGCAGUUCUGAAAUCAUCGUUUCUUGUAGAUGUUCUAGCCAAAAGAAAAACAGCCAAAGCUUUAUCUCAAAAAUUAAAUUUGUGACGAAACGCCACCUCGAUAAAAUCUUGGUCAGGAAAUAGCUUCAACUACGCUGGAUUGACGUGUGGUACCUGUUUUUAGUACAAAGCUACUGACUUUGUUGUCCCUGGAGCUGGUACAGUUGAGCUGGUAUAUACUCCGGCAGCCGGCGGAGAAAAUAUUUCCUACCAAGUGCACAAAUACACAGGACCAGGGGUCACUCUGGCGAUGUAUAAUACCGAUGAGAGCAUCAGAGACUUUGCAGUUGCGAGUUUGGAAUACGCCCUUCAGAGGAAGUACCCUCUUUAUAUGAGGUAUGCAAAGACCAAUCGUAAAUAGAUUAUGUUUUCCUUUAGCACUAAGAACACGAUCCUCAAGAAGUAUGAUGGCCGUUUCAAGGACAUCUUCCAGGAGAUCUACGAAAGGGAUUAUAAGAAGAAAUACGAAGCUGCCGGCAUCUGGUAUGAGCAUCGACUUAUCGAUGACAUGGUAGCCCAAGCUAUGAAGUCUGAGGGAGGAUUUGUGUGGGCCUGCAAGAACUAUGAUGGAGAUGUCCAAUCGGAUUCAGUCGCCCAAGGAUACGGAUCACUGGGUCUGAUGACUUCUGUCCUCAUCUGUCCUGACGGAAAGACCGUCGAGGCUGAAGCUGCUCAUGGCACUGUUACCAGGCAUUACAGAGUCCAUCAAAAAGGUGGAGAGACUUCUACUAACCCAAUUGGUAAGUUACGAUUAUUUUACCAUAGAUUACGUGCCCUUUUAAGCUUCUAUUUUCGCGUGGACUCGCGGCUUAUCUCAUCGGGCCAAGCUGGACAACAACAAGGAAUUGGCCGUGUUUGCCCAGAAUCUGGAGCAAGUGUGUGUAGAGACCAUCGAGCAGGGCUUCAUGACCAAGGAUCUGGCCAUCUGUGUCAAGGGGACCACCAAAGUGGACCGCAAGGACUACUUGAACACAUUCGAAUUCCUCGACAAAUUGGCCGAGAACUUGGCUAAGAAACAAAACUCUAAAUUGUAA